AUGUAUUUCACCAAGGCUUUCGGUCUUCUCGCUGCCAUUGGCACUCUUGCCUCUGCUGCUCCUACUUCUAUGAACAGCACCACCACCACCACCACCACCGCCACCAACUCCACUACCACUCACGGCACUGUCAACACCAACGGUGGUAACAGCGGCAGCGUCAACAUCCACAACAACAUGAAAGACACUAUCUACUACUGGUCCGUCAGCGAGGAUGCUGGAUCCAUGAAGAGCCUCGACCCUGGCGCCAGCUACACUGAGAGCUGGCGCACCAACCCCAACCGCGGCGGCAUCUCCAUCAAGAUGGCCAUGAAGCCUGAGCAAGUCGAUGUCCUUCAGUACGAGUACACCUUGCAAGGGGACACUAUCUUCUGGGAUCUUUCUCUCAUCGAUAUGGGCACCAGCUCUGAGUUCACCAAGGUCGGCUUCGCGGUUACUUCCAACGAUAGCGGAUGCCCUUCUGCUACUUGCGCUCCCGGUGACACUGCCUGCGCCGAUGCUUACCUUGUCUGGAACGACGACCAUGCUACUCACGGCUGCCCUGCUGGUACCCAGAUGACUUUGAACAUUGGGCCAUCUGCUUAA